GCCUCUUCUCACAGCUGGUUAGGAGGGACCUUGGCAAGGAGGACAAAGGAUCCUAUUCAGACAGGCAACAAACUUAGACUACACUGUCUGCUUAAUCUUGAUGUAGACCAGAGGAUUACCUGUUUAUGGCAAUUGGAAGAGCUGCUCUGAACGUGAACACCAACGCUAACCCCAGAGCAGACUACCAGGCCUACGUGGAGCUCAACAUGCUGGUGAAGGACCAGGACCAGCCGGGCUACUGGCAGGAGACUGGGCGAUGGGUGGGGUACGAGGAGAACUACGACCCAGAGGCUGGAAGAUGGGGCGCCUCACAUAUCUCCUACCUUACCUUUAAGAGCCUGAUCCAGUUGCGCAAGACCAUGAGCACAGGUGUGGUGAUGCUGGACCGGGAGGAGUGCACCUUGAACGGCAUUGCCGAGAAGGUAGCAGACGAGCUGGUAAACAAAAAUGAGAUCCGGCCGGGUGACCGAGAGGGCCUGCUGAGGUCACUGCUGCAGAACCGCAGCCAAUCAGACCCAAAAGAGACCCAGGCACUGAGCUCCGGGUCGGAGAUGACAACCUUCUCCGUCAUAGAGAGGAGAGAUGCGUCUGACAUUGUGGAAGCCUCUAUGGUUCUUGUAGGGGCUCUGGACUUCCUUCAGAAGCCCACUCUGGCUUUUGUGAGGUUGAAAGAGGCAGUGGUGCUGGGUUCUGCCCUGGAGGCGCCGGUGCCGGUCCGGUUUGUCUUUGUGCUGGUGGGGCCCAGUCAGAGCGGCAUGGACUACCAAGAGAUGGGACGUGCCAUGGCGGCAUUAAUGGCAGAUAAGGUGUUCAACUUGGCAGCAUUCCAGGCCCAGGGAGAGCGCGAACUGACAGAUGCUGUUGCAGAAUUUAUGGACUGCAGUAUAGUGAUCCCGCCAACUGAGAUUCAGAAUGAGUCCAUGCUGAAGUCUAUCAUAGGCUUCCAGAAGAAGCUGCUGCAGGACCGCCUCCGGCCCUCAGACCCUCGCCUGAGCAUUAAUGCCAAGCCCCGCAAGAGUUUUUCCCCAGUUUCCAAAGCUGAUGGGCCACCACCAGAGGACCCUCUGGCACGCACAGGAAGGCCGUUUGGUGGAAUGAUCAGGGACAUGAAGAGAUACCGUUACUACUUAAGCGAUAUUACCGACGCAAUGAAUGCCCAGGUCCUGGCCGCUGUCAUCUUCAUCUACUUUGCCGCCCUGUCCCCCGCCAUCACCUUUGGAGGCCUGCUUGCUGACAAGACAGAAAACAUGAUGGGUGUGUCAGAGCUGAUGAUCUCCACUUCCAUCCAGGGCAUUAUCUUCUGCUUCAUUGCUGCCCAGCCUGUCCUGGUCAUCGGCUUCUCUGGUCCCCUACUGGUGUUUGAGGAGGCCUUCUUUGCAUUCUGUAAGUCACAGGGGAUCGAGUACAUCGUGGGCAGAGUGUGGGUGGGAGUGUGGUUGGUGGUCAUCGUGGUGGUCAUCGUUGCUGUCGAAGGAAGCUUCCUCGUCAGGUUCAUCUCACGUUUCACACAAGAGAUCUUCUCCAUUCUCAUAUCUCUGAUCUUCAUCUAUGAGACUUUUGCCAAGCUCAUGAAGAUUUUCAAAGCCCACCCUCUGGUCUUGAACUAUGAGCAUCUGAACGACACUGUAAAGGAUCCUUUCCACACUGUUUAUGAACACCAUCCUGACAACGCUACAGGAAAUGUAACCAUCCACUUGCUCCCUCGGCCCAGGGCUUACCCCAACACCGCUUUGCUCUCCAUGUGCCUCAUGUUGGGGUGCUUCUUCAUUGCAUACUUCCUCAGGCAGUUCAAAAAUGGACAGUUUCUGCCUGGCAAAGUCCGUCGCUUGCUUGGAGAUUUUGGUGUCCCUAUCGCCAUUUUUGUCAUGGUUGCUGUGGACAUUAACAUAAACGAUACCUAUACACAGAAAUUGGUGGUGCCAAAGGGUCUGCAAGUGUCCAAACCUGCUGAAAGGGGUUGGAUCAUCAACCCUAUGGGAAUGAAUAAAACAUUUCCCAUCUGGAUGAUGUUUGCCUGUGUAGUGCCAGCCUUGCUUGUCUUUAUCCUCAUUUUCCUGGAGUCCCAGAUCACCACGCUAAUUGUAAGCAAGCCAGAAAGAAAGAUGGCCAAAGGCUCUGGUUUCCACUUGGACCUGUUGAUCCUGGUCAGCAUGGGGGGCCUGAGUGCCAUAUUUGGUGUGCCAUGGCUCAGUGCCGCCACAGUGCGUUCUGUCACUCACGCCAAUGCUCUUACCGUCAUGAGCAAGGGACCGAAGCCUGUAAUUGAGAAAGUGCUGGAGCAGAGGAUCAGUGGAAUUCUGGUGGCCUUGUUGGUCGGUCUGUCAAUUCUAAUGGAGCCCAUCCUUAAGAUGAUCCCCCUGACUGCUCUGUUUGGGAUCUUCCUUUACAUGGGUGUCACCUCGCUCAAUGGGAUCCAGCUAUGGGACCGCAUUCUGCUCCUGUUCAUCCCCAAAAAGUAUCACCCAGAGGAGGCCUAUGCUACCCGUGUCAAGACCAACCGGAUGCACAUGUUCACUUUCAUCCAAAUUGUGUGCUUGGUGAUACUAUGGAUGGUGAAAUCUAGCAAAGCCUCCCUCGCCCUGCCCUUUGUCCUCAUCCUCACCAUCCCAUUGCGAAUGUACAUGACAGGCCGUGUCUUCACAGACCUGGAGAUGAAAUGUUUGGAUGCUGAUGACGCCAAAGUGACAUUUGAUGAGGAACCAGGCCAGGAUGUAUACAACGAGUCCCAGAUGCCAUUAUAGAUGCCUUCUACCCUUCAAAAACAUGAGAACCCUACCCUAGAUUUGUAUUGGGCUCAUGCAGGCGCGCUAAAACAAAACAAAUCAUUGACCAACAUUACCUAUAUAUAUUUAAAUUCCUUUUAAUAUUACUUGUUUUUUGUGUGGUAAGCAAGAGUUUUCAGUUACUGCCUUUUAGAUUUCAUUAUAUGAAUUACACAUUUAAAUAUUUAAUAUAUUAUUUAAAUGAUUAACAAAAAACGUUAUUGUUGUAAAGGCACUUGCCUGUAUACACAUCUACCUAUCCACUUCCAUUUGCAAAGACCUAAAGUAUGUCCUUAAAACUAUACAUUUAGUAGUAUGCCAAUCUUUUACUUUUUUCUAAAUGUAUUGUAUUCUAAUUUGCUGUCAGAAUAAUGUUAUACUGCUAAAUUAUUUGCUUCAUAUUUUACAGAGCCAUUUAAAAAAUGUUUUUUUUUUUUUUUAAGUUCUGUCUUGCUGUGACAGAGCCAUCCCUUUUUUUAAACCAAUCCAUUUUACUUUUGUCAAGUGGGGAGCCACUGAGUAGAUAUUUCAGGGUAAAAUGAAUGAAUGCUUAACGUUUUCAAAGAAAUAUUGUGCGGCCACAUAAGUGUACUCGUGGGUAUUGUUUGUGCUUGCAAAAUAUUUGUGCAUAUUGCCAAAUGACGGACCCUUGAUUUUCCAGGCUUACCGUAUACUUUGUGACCUGUUACUAGUGCCUUACUUGAGUGUGGAAAUAAUGCAAUUGCUUUUAUGUCAGAAUGAAGAAUAUAUAAAUACUUGAAAACUGAAAUCAAGGAUGUAAUAGUACAUCUAAUGUUCAGUGGGAGGGAUUAAGAGAAGAGUUACACUUGGUUUUUCAGACAGUGCCAGUAGCGUGAUCUUUAAGCAUCCAUUAAAGUCCUUUAAGCAAAGUC